AUGAAGGACUAUGAUGUUGCCUCUAACAUUGCGACUAAGUCGUCGUCGACCUCUAAGUUCUUGGGUGAGGACGAUGAUAGAAGCGGUUCUACCUUCGUCCGUGAAAUUUUGUCUGCUCUAGAAGGCCAUGAUGCUGUUACUAAAUAUCUAUGGGCCAAGCAGAAUAUGGAGAAGUCUAUCUGGGCCAAACUUAUCAAGGGUACUGAACCGCCUACUAGAUGUUAUGUCGACUAUGAGAAACACCUCGAUCGGCUAUGCUCUACUAUUCGCAAGCUCUAUGACAAUGAUGAUGCUAUUGCGAAAGCUGAAGUCAAGUUCGUUACUUGUCGUCAAGGUAACUCUGAGUCUCUCGCUAG